UCCCUACUUAAUUCUGUUGAUUUUCCUGCUCAUCUACCUUACCUGUUAUUUGUUACUACCAUACCCACACUACUCUCUCUCUCUCUCUCUCUCCUUAAAUUCAGCCAUGCUCUUCUCUCUAUCUUCAUAAACCUCUCUCUCUCUCUCUCUCUCUAUUACCAAACAACCCUUAAUCAUACCAAUAUGGAUUGCUGUAUAAUCAGUAAGCUCAAGACUCAACCUUUCUGGUUCAUUAUCCUCUUCGCCCUCGGUCUCCUCACCAUUCUCAGAUUCACUCUAACAUUUCUCAAUUGGCUCUAUGUCAAUUUUCUCAGACCCUCUAAAGAUCUCAAAAAAUACGGAUCUUGGGCACUCGUUACUGGACCCACCGAUGGCAUUGGAAAAAGUUUCGCCUUUCAACUUGCUAGCAAAGGCUUGAACCUAAUCCUCGUUGGACGAAACCCCGACAAGCUCAAAGACGUUUCGGAUUCAAUUCAAGCCAAGUUCGGAAAUACUCAAGUUAAAACAAUUGUAGUUGAUUUCGCAGGUGAUCUCGACGAGGGUGUUCAGCGAAUUCGAGAAACGAUUGAAGGGUUGGAUAUUGGGGUUUUGAUUAACAACGUGGGAAUUUCGUACCCUUAUGCCAAAUUCUUCCAUGAAGUGGACGAAGAGCUUUUGAAGAAUCUUAUUAAGGUUAAUGUUGUUGGAACUACUAAGGUUACUCAAGCUGUUUUGCCUGGGAUGUUGAAGAGGAAGAAAGGAGCAAUUGUUAACAUUGGUUCUGGAGCUGCUAUUGUUAUUCCUUCUGAUCCACUUUAUGCUGUUUAUGCUGCCACAAAAGCGUAUAUUGAUCAGUUUUCAAGAUCUCUCUAUGUUGAAUACAAGAAGAGUGGGAUUGAUGUACAGUGUCAGGUUCCAUUAUAUGUGGCCACAAAAAUGGCAUCAAUCAAGAAAUCUUCAUUCUUUGUCCCAUCAACGGACGGCUAUGCAAAAGCAGGUGUGAGAUGGAUAGGAUAUGAACCUCGUUGCACGCCAUACUGGCCUCAUACCCUUCUUUGGGCCGUGGCAUACUCGUUGCCUGAGUUCAUAGUUGAUGCUUGGCGUCUGCAGUUUUGUAUUGGUAUUAGAAAGAGGGGACUGCUGAAAGAUUCAAGGAAGAAGGAUUGAAAGGAUGUUUGAUUGUUUGUAAUGUGUAGGCAUAGAUGUUGCUGAUAACUGCAGGCUGCUGCAAGUAGAUUAAGAUUCCAAGUUGUUUGUUAUGUUUCUAGUUUUACUCUUAAUUAAUGUUGCUGGUCUUAAUGAGUAUCAGUUAUGUGUCCCUACUCUUUUUUCUUCUCACAUUCCGUUUGUGUUUCUGUUCUCUGUUAAUUGAUAACUGGUAUUCUAAAUUGUGAGCAUUUCUGUUCCAUUA